AUGCUAGGUCUAGCGUCAAAACCGGCUAUUAAAGUUGUACUUGCCGACCCUGCGCCAGACUCCCAAUUCAACAAUGGGGACGAACCCACCAAUUUACAACCAGAUCACACAGAGGUAGCUCUGGAUACCUCAAUCGUAUCCUUUGAAGCCAUCAAGGAGAUCGCAGGGCUCGUCCCCAAUAUUGGGGUUCCUCUCAAAGCUACAUGCGGCCUGCUAAUUAUCGUACUAGGAAAUAUCAAGAUUCUCCACGCUUUCGACAAAGAUACCGGAGUCAUUCGAAAAUGUUAUAACGACGAGGGACAAGUCCUUAAUAAACCAGGCCGGGUAACGUCAAAGUGGAAGGGUUCAAGGUGGGUAGGGAUCGAUCGACCACCUGGGCAAGUUCCUUGCCCAACACCAAUAUCAAAGUCGCGGCUCAGCUAG